UAUGUCUGAUUGGGAAAAAAGGUAAAAUCGACGACAAAAAUGCUGCUAUUUAUAACAUUGACGAGAAAAAAAAUACAUUGAAAAUUAAAUCAAAUUUUGAUCAACGAUUCCACUUACAAGCAAACCAAAACAUUGUUCGACGUUCCAAGAAAGAAGCAUUCUAUAAGCUACCACUCACGCAACACCGUUUAAACAAUAACAACAAUGCUGGCUACGAAUUAAUUCCACCGUUAUCAUCACAAUUAAAAACAAAAUCGUCGAUUAAGAAAAUUCGUGAAGAAUCCAAAGAAAAUAUUGACCAAAAUAAUAUAAUUUUUUCCUCAACAAAACCCAGUCAGAAUUCAAAUGCAAUAACACGAAUCUCUAAUAAAAAAUCCGUAUCACGUUUCUCUCCUAAAAUCAAACUUAUACCCCCUUUUCAUUUCCUUUUAACCAGAACUUAUGAUCAACAAAGUGGUCCAUGGCCCGAAGAUCAUCCAUUACCCUUACCGUUAUGGUCAGAAAAAGUAAAACCAGUUUAUAAUUUUAAGAACAUUUUUGAUUUUGAAGAACUUGCCUCACUCAUUGAAAACACUGUUCAACAUUUACUCCAAGAACAUAAUUAUAACAGUGUUACCAAUUUCCUUAAAUUAUAUAUGGAUUUUAAGCGUAGUGAUGAAAAUAGUUUGGCAGAAUUCUUCCAAAAACGUACACCAGAAAUAACCGACGACCAUCUUACAUGUGUUGGACUUGGUUUAGAAUUAAGAAAACGUAUCAGUAAUUUUGAAACAAAAUAUCCUGGAUUAACUGAAUGCUUGUAUAUGGUAUCUUCCGAAGAACAUGUUGAUAACUUGGACGAAUAUUUGAACAACGAAAGUGAACGUUGGGUUUAUUCAGUUGAGAAGGAACAUGUUUUGGUAGCAUUACGUAUCAAUAUUUGCGGUCGAAAGGGUAUUUUACUUUGUGAUCCUGGAUAUCAUAUUGCUCGAGUCAUUAUUAUCAUGGAAGAUGAGACAUAUCCACAUACAGGACGAUUUACUCAAUCCGAAGAAUCAGCUGAAGUAAAGAAAGAAUACGAAUAUAAAUUUAACAAAUUAAAUCCUUCAUUUAUUAACUGGAUUGAAUAUGAGACCAAAAAUGGCGUAAUAAAACAGAAUGAAACAUCCCUCAUCUUUAUUGAUCGGGCAUAUUUAACUGCUGUUGAUUUAACAGAACGUAGAAAUUUCGUUUAUGAUUUUAGAAGUUUAUUAGCACGAAAUUUAAAGGGUCAUUUAAUAGCAGGAAUAUAUUUUCCAGUUCGUAAAGGACGUAAAGAUUUCACCAUAUUCUAUGAAGGUGUAAAAGGACAAAAAGAAAAAAUACGUUUAAAUUUUGAUGAUUUCCUUAAUCCUGAUCAGCUUGAUGAAAAAACUUUAGAAAUCGUUUCAAUCUGCAAUGAACAACUUCAUUUGGCAACAAAUCUAAAUCUUCUACAACACUUAGUGUCGUUGGCUUACUUGAUCAAUGAUGAAGAGUAUAUUGAUGAAUUAUUGACGAUCAAUCGUGAAAUCAACGAAAUGACCUAGCAAAAAUGUAAAGACCACCCCGAAAUUGACGAUGAACAUGAAAAAAACAACAUCCAAAUCGGCAGUGUGGCUUCAAAUAUUUAUAAUUUUUUUCUUGUUCUGUUUUACAUAUUCUCUAAUACUUAUGUUUAUGCAUUAGUUUCAUUUGGUUUGGGAAUUUAGAAAAUUAUUCAUUUUCUUUUAAAUAUAUAAGGUUCAUGUUUUUAUUUUAAUUUAGAACGUAG